AUGGGGGGGGUGUCACUUUCUGAGGCGUCCUCGUCAAGGGGGAACGAGAGGAAGCGGGAGUCAAACGACGGUGGUGAAGCCAAACCCAAGAACCAGAGCAAGGGGGAGCGUCGGCGCGAGAAGAAGGAGAGGCAGGCCUACGCUGCGGGCCCGCCGGCGGCCUCAAGCUCAGGAGGGGAGUUUCCGGGAGACUGCUGGAUCGAACUGCGGAAAGCGCAACGGGACACCACCCCAGCCGCGCGCGCGCGUGGCGAGGCUGACCGGCUGGCUGCACGAGCUAAGGAGGACCGCCUGCACAAGGGAGGUCCACCGCCGCCGUUCAAGUCCAAAGGGGAGCGGCGGCCGCCGCCGGAACCUGAAACCGAGGGGGAGGAAGAACCUUAG